AGGUAAUAUUUCCAAAGCUUCAACUGUCUACGUCCUAGUUAAAAAUUAGUAACAAAAUAAACACUUUGAAUUUAGAAAUUUUGACUAUGAUAAUCCUCAACCUCUCAUUUUUGAUAGGAAAGAUAACACAAGAUAAGAGCCACUGCAGAAGAUUAGGCAAUCUUACAAUAAUUAUUGUGAAUCAGAGUUUGGUGCAAAAAUGUGAUAAAACGUGCGAUUUUUUCCCGUAAUUUCAAAAAUGGAAAUAAACUGGAAGGACUUAAUUCACUUCAAGUGGUUCAAGCGCUUAUAUUUCCUCUACAUUUUCGGAUUUGUUGUAAGCUUGAGACCGACCACCCCCUUCCACUACGAAUUUCUGCUCAGCAAUAAAAACUUUUCGGAAAAUGACGUGCAGGAGAACAUUUUGCCGGUGUGGUUUUACAGCACUUCGGUGCAACUGCUGCCAGUUUACUUCCUUAUGGAAUAUUUAAAAUUUAAUCCAUUUAUCAUAAUCUCUUGUCUCACCGGCUUAGUGGCUACAUGUUUGUUUAUUUGGACGGAAUCUUGGUCGGAAAUGCAAGUAGCACAGGCCUUUUAUGGGAGCAUGUCAGCAGCGGAAGUGGCAUAUUACGUCUCGAUCUACAGCCACAGUGACCACAGCAAUUUUCAACGCCUAACAUCGUACGUAAGAGCGGCCCCUUUGGCUGGAAAAAUAAUUUCGAGUCUCUUGGCACAACUUUUCAUUUCACAAAACUGGCUCUCUUAUAAGGAAUUGCAUUAUUUCACUUUUGCAAGUUUCAUUUUAUCCAUUUUUUUGACCAUUGUUCUACCACCGGUGGUUUACAAAAAAUCGGAAAAACCAUCCAACUUGACGUCAGUUUUUACCAACCUCAAAAAAGCAUAUCCCAACAAAUACGUCGUGAAAUGGUCAUUAUGGAGCAUUCUGACGAUUUGUGGCUACCAUCAAGUCUCAGUUUAUGUGCAACCUUUGUGGAAAACCCUCCAAAAGAAAAACGACAUUUCCGCUUACAACGGUUUCCUGGACGGAACUUACGCUGUUUUCGCCCUUUUUGGAACAAUAUGUGGGGGUUAUGCCCGAUUUGACUGGAAAUACAACGGUGAUUUAAUUUUAACCAUGACCUCUUUGGUUGAGGCAUUUAUGCUACUUUUCAUGUCACAGAUCGAACAAGUUGUCUUGAACUGCAUUUUUUACGUGAUUUUUGGGUUUUUGUACCACUUUGUCAUGACUAUUGUGUGCGGAGAAAUCGCAAAAUUCUUGCAAGAGGACUGUUUUGGUUUAGUUUUCGGUUUCAUUGCACUAGGGGGAAGUGUUUUAAGUUCUGCGAUGGUUUGCCUGUUUAAUGAUAAGGUGGGACUGAGAUUAGACUCCGAAUAUUUGUUUAUGGCUUACGGCUAUUAUCACUUAAGUGUAUCUAUUCUCUUUAUCAUCAUAGGGCUUAGUUAUUGGUUCGCCAAGCACACAUACCAGUGAUUUUUUUGUAAUUAAUUUUAUUAAAUAAAAUUUUUGUAUAAGAGA